AUGUCGCUGAUUCUGCUAUUCUUAAUCGCAGCGUUUUUGCAGUCUGGCACAGUUGAUGUCAACGAUCAAUGGAAUCGCCUGCGUUAUUCUGAGUCGAAGCCAACAGGUCCCAUAGCGGGAGGAAUUCCUCUACGUGUCAUGUUCAUAGGCGCGUCAGUAACUCUUGGCGACCAUUCCACGGGAAACAGAGGUUACCGGAAGCAAAUCCGAGAUUGGAUGGUCUCGCUGGGCAAUCCGGUCAACUGCGUUGGAGCGAAUCGCUUCGGUGAAUUCAAGGACAACGACGUCCAGGCGUUCGGCGCUCAGCCCAUAAAGCCGACGCUCGAUCGUGCCAGGGAGAUCGUGCCGCAGAUGCAGCCUAACCUAAUCCUGAUCAAUGCCGGAUCCAGCGAUUGCUUCCAGCAGGACCACUGGGGAGCGGGGCACACGUUGGAGUACAUGCGCAACCUCGUUGACUUUCUGCUGAAGGAGUCGCCACGUGCUGCGAUCAUCAUGUCGACCAUCGUCACAUGCCCUUGGGAAGGCACAGAGCAAUGCGUUAAAGGCGCCAAUGCACAAAUUCGGCAGGUUGCCACCGAUCUCAUUCGCGAAGAGAAGCCAGUCACCUUGGCUGAAAUGCAUUACGACCAGGGGCUUCCGGAUCGUCCGAACCGCACGCACAUCGGUCCGGAUGGCAUGCAUCCCACGGACGAAGGCUAUUUUAUGAUGGGACGGAUAUUCAUGGAGAAGAUUCGGGAAGUUGAGAAGAACGGCUGGCUGCACCCUCCGGUCGAGAAUGGGAUUGGCGAGGAUGGUGAUGCGGAGAGGGACGCCCAGGAAGCACCGAAGAAGGCGGGACAGGCGGGACAGGCGGGAAAGGCGGGAAAGGCGGAAAAGGCUAAUACAGAGAAGCCGGUAGAAAUUGCAGAUGGCGGUGAGCACAAACAUAUUCGAAGAAGCCAUGGCGUAUCCAGGCCGGCGAAGAGAAAGCAUUAG